CUUCUAAACUUCCUCUUCUUCACAACCUACCUUCCCUUUGGCUCUCACUACUCUGAAAUCAAUUAGCUUCAACAGAACAAUAGAAUACGCAAAUGACGAUGAAGAAAAUCGUGUUGAAGGUGGAACUACACGGUGAACGAACCAAGCAAAAGGCCAUGAAAACAACGUCAGGCAUUUCAGGAGUUGAGUCAGUGAAUAUGGACAUGAAGGACAAGAAAUUAACCGUAACAGGAGACAUCGACCCAGUUAAGGUAGUGGAAAAGCUAAGGAAGUUGUGUCAUACAGAGAUAGUGUCUGUUGGGGAAGCCAAAGAGUCUGACAAGAAAGCUGAAGAAAAGAUAGAGAAUAUAGCCAAAGCAAUUGUGCCUGCUCUUUCGAGUUACAGCCAUGUUUAUUAUCCACAGCCGCCUUAUUAUGUUGGAACUGUGGAAGAGUAUCCUAAUAGUGGCUGUGUCAUCUGCUAAAUUUUGAAUUUAUGUUUGCGAGGAAGAAAAAAUAAAGAGAAAGAUAAGGAAGCAUGUGGUUGUGAUGAUUAGAUAUCUAGGGCUUUGUCUUUUUUUUUUAUAUAUAUAGAGAACAGAAGAUUAAGAUAGCUAGGAAAGUAUGUAUUUAAAGAGACGUGGUGUGUUGUUAUUUUUUUCCCCUCUUUGCUUUGGAUUGAAAGUGAUGUGCUUAAAGGGGUUUGUUUGUUGUACAAAAGCGGUCUAAAAAAUUGUUACGAUUGAAGAUAUUUUUGUAACCUUGACAAAUUAAAUUUUGAUUGUCUUCAUAUUUA